AUGGCCUGGGUGGGAGAAAGAGAAGAAUCAAGGAUGGUGCCGACUAGCGAGGUACCACAGCAAGCCAGUGCUGUGUGCUCUGAGUUCCAGGGCAUCCUCCAGCUCAGCCACUCCACUGAGCACAAGGACUCUCUGUGGGGCCCAGGAGCCGGGAGUCACCCCUUUGGGGUCCAAAACACCCGGCUGUCCCCACACUUGUGUCCAGGGAAGAUAGUGUUGACGGCCCUCAAGGAGAGCGGGGCAGGGAUGCCUGAGCAGGACAAGGACCCUAGAGUCCAAGAGAAUCCUGAUGAUCAGAGAAGGGUCCCCGAGGUCACGAGGGAUGCACGGUCUGCAUUUCGGCCCCUGCGGGACAAUGGAGGCCUCUCUCCCUUUGUGCCCAGGCCUGGGCCUCUGCAGACAGACCUCCAUGCCCAGAGGUCAGAAAUCAGAUAUAACCAGACAUCCCAGACCUCCUGGACGAGCUCGUGCACCAAACGAAAUGCCAUCUCCAGCUCCUGCAGCUCCACGGGAGGCUUGCCGGGGCUAAAGCGGAGGAGGGGACCAGCCUCAUCCCACAGCCAGCUGACCCUCAGUUCCUCAAAGACAGUGAGUGAGGACAGGCCUCAGGCUGUCUCUUCGGGUCACACCCAGUGUGAAAAGGCAGCAGAUAUAGCACCAGGGCAGACACUCACCCUCAGGAAUGACUCCUCCAUAUCCGAGGCCUCUAGGCCCAGUAUACACAAGUUUCCGCUGCUGCCACGCAGGCGAGGGGAGCCUUUGAUGCUGCCACCUCCCUUAGAGCUGGGGUACCGGGUCACUGCUGAAGACCUGGACCGGGAGAAGGAGGCGGCAUUCCAGUGCAUCAGCAGUGCACUGCAGGUUGAGGACAAGGCCAUCUCGGACUGCAGACCCUCAUGGCCUUCCCACACUUUGUCCUCACUUGCAACAGGGGCUUCUGGUCUGCCUGCCAUUUCUAAAGCACCCAGUAUGGAUGCACAGCAGGAGAGACACAAGUCCCAAGACUGCCUGGGCCUAGUGGCCCCCCAGCAUCUGCUGCACAGGCCUGUUCCCAGCCCACCAGUGCAGGGCGCCCCUGAGCCUGCUGCUGCCACGGGCCCUGUCUCUACCCAGGACGUCCCCCCACCCUCGCAGUGUCAGGGAAAUUAUCAUGGUGGCAGUGACACUCCGCAGGCAGGGCUGCUGAGAGAAGCUGAGAAGGGUCACACUGCAGGCAGGGGCCCAUGUGACAAGCCCCUCUCACCCGGAGAGAGCUGA